CUCUAGGGCUAUUCUUGCUGCACACUGACCACAAGGGUAGUUCUCUGCUGAUCAAGACUCAAGAAACAAGAUGAAGAGAUAUCACUUCUUUGCAUUUCUGCUCUGUGGGGUCUUCAUGUCAAGAGGCCUCAGCCUUCCAGUCAGAAAUUUUUCAAUAGAUUGUGGAACUUUGGUGCCGGACGAUCCAGUUGCACCACAGGAAUCUGAAUCACCCUAUAACAUUUAUUUCCCGCUGGAGGAAUAUGACCCAGGGAGUCAAAUAAAAGUGAGCAUAGAAGGACCAUCAGAUGCUGGAUUUAAAUGGUUUAUGCUACAGGCCCGAGACGUUGAUGAAAAUGUCCCUGUUGGUUCAUUUCAAAUCACAGAUCCAAAUACGCAGACCUAUGACUGUUACAACAUGUCGAAUUCAGCAUUAAUUCACCACGGCUCGGAUGAGAAGUACAAUGUAACAUCUCUUUGGGUUUCACCUGAAGCCAAAAAGGUUCAGUUUGUGGCAACAAUUUUUCAAAAUCCUGAAACAUUCUGGGUUGUGAUUCCUGACGUAGUCCUCUUGCCUAAAGGUUACAAUGAGACUGCAAAUUAUACUGAAGUUGUUGAUAGGUCCAAGGAAGCCAGUGCUCCAAGAAGUAGGAAGAAGUCUUCACGUAUUACCGUAAACGUAAACUGUGGCCCGGGUGGCUCUGGAUCAAGCAGCAGUGAAUGUGCCAAGAGUUCAACAUUUCCCUCUCAAAGUGGUAGCAGCCAAGGCCAGAGAAUUGUAGUUUACCAAGGAGGUGUCACAAGCAGCGGAUGCAUUGGUGGUGGAACUGCUAGUGUCUACAACAAGUAUCGCUGCUUUGAUCCUGUUUCAGGCGUUUCGAAUAAAGGAAAGGUCAUAGUGUAUCCUCACAGCGAGCCAUUCCCACCUGAGCUUUGCUGA